UGUUGUUGCUGGAAACAUGGCGUCCCGGUGCAGCGUCUCUACACUGUUUCCUGUCCAAAGUCAGCUGGAUAACGCCCUAGAUGACGCUACAACACAGCAAGAAAAAGAAGAUCUCGUUCAACAGUAUCUUAAAAAGUUAGACGAGAGAGAGGACCUGAAGAUACCCGAUUUCCAGACAGGCUUAGAGUGGCUGAACACGGAGGGGCCUCUCUCUUUAAACAAGGAGCUGGCUGGUAAAGUGGUGCUGCUGGAUUUCUUCACUUACUGCUGCAUCAACUGCAUCCACAUCCUUCCUGACCUGCAUCAACUAGAGAAGAGACACUCUGUAAAAGAUGGAUUGGUUAUUGUUGGUGUGCACUCUGCCAAAUUCCCCAAUGAAAAGGUCCUGGACAACAUCCGAAGCGCUGUGCUCCGCUACGACAUCUGCCACCCCGUGGUAAACGACAGCGAGGCGAGUCUCUGGCAUGAACUGGAGAUCUCCUGCUGGCCCACGCUGGUCCUACUCGGACCACGUGGCAACUUGCUUUUCUCCCUGGUGGGUGAGGGCCACCGUGACAGGCUGAUGCUUUUCACUGACUGCGCUCUGCGUUAUUAUGGGGAGCGUGGUGUGCUCAAGGCUCACACAGUGGGAAUCAAGCUGUACAAAGACGCCCUGCCACCCAGCAUCCUUUCUUUUCCUGGAAAGGUGGCUAUAGACAAAAGUACUAAAAGGCUUGUCAUAGCAGACACAGGACAUCACAGAAUACUGGUGGUGUCUUCUACUGGAGACCUGCUACAUGUCAUAGGAGGGCCUGAAAGCGGGAGAAAAGAUGGCGACAUGUCUGAAGCUUCCUUUAACUCCCCUCAGGGUGUGGCCAUUAAAGGGGACACUGUAUACGUGGCUGACACGGAAAACCACUUGAUUCGAAAGAUCGACCUGUUAGAGGGAAAAGUCAGCACUCUGGCUGGAGUAGGUACUCAAGGGACAGACAAAGAGGGCGGGGCCAUGGGACCACAGCAGCCAAUCAGCUCUCCUUGGGAUGUGACGCUUGGCACUGCCAGCGGCGAUGAAGACAACGUGCUGUGGAUAGCCAUGGCAGGGACUCACCAGAUCUGGGCUUUGUUCCUAGCUGAUGGAAAACUGCCCAAAGGAAGUGAGUCCAAGGCAGGGAUUUGCGUGCGAUGGGCGGGCAGCGGCAACGAAGAGAACCGGAACAACGCCUACCCUCACAAGGCAGGCUUUGCCCAGCCUUCAGGCCUGGCUUUAGCCCCAGAGGAGCCCUGGAGCUGCAUGUAUGUGGCCGAUAGCGAAAGCAGCACCAUCCGAACGCUGGCGCUGAAGGAUGGAGCCGUCAAGUUGCUGGUCGGAGGAGAGAGAGACCCACUGAACCUUUUUGCUUUUGGGGAUGUGGACGGGAAAGGGGUGGAUGCCAAACUCCAGCAUCCUCUCGGUGUUGCCUGGGCUUCCGAACAAAACUCGCUCUAUGUAGUCGACUCCUACAACCACAAGAUCAAGGUGGUGGAUCCAAAAACAAAGCAGUGUAGCACAUUAGCAGGAACAGGAGAUGCUGGAGAUACUCUGGGCCCAGAGUUUAACAAAUCCUGCUUCAAUGAACCCGGAGGAAUCUGUGUCGGAGACGGCGGAAAACUGCUUUACGUGGCCGAUACCAACAACCACCAAGUCAAAGUGCUGGACCUGGCCUCCAAGACUGUCUCGCUGCUCCCCAUCUCCCGCGAGUGCACAGACUCGGUACCUACAAAGCCCUCGGGUCCGACCAAAGCCCCCACGCUGCCUAAAUCAGCUGCCAGGAAAGAAAUGCCGCCAGUAGCGGUGACUGCGGGCCAGACUGUCAUCAUGUCUGUCACACUGUCACUUCCAGAAGGGACCAAACUCACUGAAGAGGCGCCCAGCUGCUGGGCACUCUCAGCAGAGGGUAACGAGUGGCUGCUAGACCAUCAGGUGCUUACUGGUUCCAUUAAGGAUCUCUCACAGCCCCUCUGCAUCUCAGCCAAACUUCCAGUCGUUAUGAAGGAAUCAAACGGCAGUCCAAGCCUCACGUUGGCCGUAUGGGCGUACUACUGUACGGAAGCAGGUAAAGCCUGCAUGAUGAAAGCGGCUUCAUUCUCCCAGCCUCUUCAAAUAACCGCCAGUUCUGGAGAGGGAGAGGUCAUCGUGGAGUUGACUCAUGCCUUCUGAAGCCGCCUACAUGUCUUAGUUAAAAUAGCCUUCGAGUCCACACUUUGUGUUGCGUUGAGACCUCAGCUUAAUCCUGCUCAUACUUCUGAAAGCAGGAAGGAAUGAUUGUUUCUGACAGAGCUGGCACUGUGAUGAAAAAAGGCGAUUUGAGUGAACUUGAUUUUUUUAGAUACUCAGAUGUCUCUUCACAUAUAACACAUUAGCUCAGUAAUGUUGUCGACUGUGUGCGACGGCUAUUAAAGGAGUGCAGAUAGACACCCGUAGAUAUACUAUAUAUUAUAUUUAUGUAGUGAGCUCUCAUGAGGACAGGUUGCAUUGCUAAUGUGUGGGGUUUUUUGCCAAGUUGUUUAUCAAAACUAAAAGAAUAAGGAAACUUAUUAAAGUUAUUUAAUGAGAAACUAUGAAUAUCUAAUUUAUCGUAGCACUGCUGGUGUGAUUGAUGGACAGAUAAAUAAAGAGAUUUUCAUCCGUUCUCUUAUCUUCUGGGAAAUCUAAAGUUCUUUCAAGUGUUAAAAACAAAGUAAAAACUAAAACUUCAGCUUUAUAUUUUCACUUUAAUUGAGGAAGGAGGAUUUGAAGUGAUUAUUAUUAUGAAUAUUAUUAUUAUUAUUAGCCGAUAAGUAAUAAAAUAAGUAGAAUUUCUUUAAAUGGAGACGUUAUAUGAAUCAGCUUUUCAAUGUUCCAGCCAGUGUCUUCAUAAAAAAAGGAUAUUUGAAUUAUGUAAGGCUUUCAUAGGGAUUAUUAGGUUAGGAUAAAAAAUCUCCAAUCUUUCAUUUAAUCUCAGCCCAGCAGAGGAGGUAGUUAGCAGGAGAGGACAGAUGUGUGAAGCUUAAGUCUUUAUGCAGUUGGGGGUUUAUUGAACGUGUCUAUGCAGAGACUCUCAUUUCUCGUUAUCAUUAUAAUGUUAAAGUUGUGCAGCGCCGCGGUAUAAACGUUUUCACUUUCCUCCUUUAAAUGUCGUAUUACCGCAGAUCAGCGCGGGGUUGGUUUGGUCACAUCAGCUUGGAAAGGUGCCCGCCGAUCGAGCUCCCGUCCCGCGUGCAUUUGUUUACACGUGUCGCAGCAGACUGAGUCUUCUUAAGCCGUUUACACUGGUCUCUCGUAGCCCGAAAGCUUUCCGAUUGCGAUUAUUCACAGCGCACCAGAAGCUGUUUUGAUUCCGAACCACCUGUUAUUUUGAGUAAUGAGUAAAGUGCCUGUUUUCGAGGAGGGGGAAGCGGCCUCUCGUGAGCCGUGGACACCGACAUGACUGCCGCCUGCUCUCGCACGCUGAAACCAAAGUCUCAUUAAAUUUUCUCCAUCGAGCAUUUAUACACUUCAUCUCAGCUCCACAAAGGGAACAUUAUAUGAAAGGAAUGCUAAUAAUGAUCCGCUCUAUCAUGUUGUGUAAUGCGAUAUGAUAAUGUGGAAGUUGUUUUGUCAUUUUGCCUUUAUUGGUUUACUAAGUUAUGAGUUGUUGUGAGAGCGUUUUGAUUAUCGUUGCUGUCAUCAUGUCUCAUAACCUAAUUGUGCUCGUCAGCCUGCUGUUAUUUGGUUUGGCUCACUCAGCCCAAGUGCCUUGGAAAGGAUUGUAUGGAUGGUGUACAUUCAUGGCGCUUUAACCGUAUUAGAAGCAAUAUUGUUUUGUUUUUCCUUUCUCUUUUUUUCAACUCCCACAAGUUAUUUAUUUCCAGUGAACUGCAGUUGUUGUACUUUCUCAGCUCUCUUAUCCCUCUGGCACUUUUUAAUGAGCACUAAUAACCUUUGGGUGGCUGUCGGUGGGCAUUAAGCUCCUGAUAUUGUUUUGUAACUCUCACUUGAUUUUUUUUUUCCUCAUUUCUGACUUCUCAGACACAUUUUGGCAUGCUUUUGUCUUCAGGGGCACCUUGUUAAUACUUUGGCUUCUCCGUGUUGGACUUUAAUAUGCAGCACAGUGAGGAAAAACUAAUA